ACCUUUCAAUAAGUUUUCUUAAUUUGUGAGAAAAUCGAUGAAAUCGUUUCCCCACCACCGUCUCCAACGCCAUUUCCUCUUCCUUUGCGUCCCAUCACCCCCGUCGACACCCAUCUUGGGACCUUUGUGUUUGUUGUGUUGGUUGCCAGCGCUGCCUCGGCGAAAUCCGUGCUGUGUGGGCCGCACACACACACAAAAGUCGAGGUGAAGAGAAGAAGUUUCACAACACAAAAAGGAAAAGUUGUGCGUGGAAAAGUGAUCUUUGUUUUCGCGUAACGUUUAAGAAACUAAAAUUUAAUUUUUGGAAGUGAGAAAAAGGGUUUUUUUGGAACGAUAAUUUUGAUGCACGAUCGCGAGCACACCUACUGGAUCGAUAGUGUACUAUAUAUACAGAAAGGCAACACAGCAAACUUAACUACGACGACGAACCCACAUCCUUUCUUAUUCAUAAACGAUUUCGUCGUUCUCGGUGCGUUAAUCACGCCCGUUUAUCGUCUUUUCAUUGUCUACAUAGUUAAGUUUUAACGGGAAACGUUCGUGUGCAUGUCACAAGUUUUUUUUUUGUUUUUGCUGUAGUCUAUUCGAGGAUGAAUCCCAACAAUCAUGGACAACCUCGUAGAAACUCUUCCAAUUUUAGCAGGAAUGGAAGGCCCAGCCACAACCUUCCACAUCAGAAAUGGAACAAUAGGUAUCAAAAAGACUAUUCAAGGGAUUAUGACGGAAAUUGCAACAGAGGAGAGUGUUCCGUGGCGAAUAACAACAGCCCGAAGGAUGCUAAUUAUGUUCAUGGUUACCCAAAACCAGCACAGUUGAGCCCCGUCCUCCGUUCAAAUCACAUGCAUUAUAAUAAUGAAGCAUCAGGGUUAACUCAUCAACAUCAAGAAAGAAGACACAUACAACUUCCGAAUCCGGUAGAACGUCGUCAUAACGUAGGUGUGGGGCCAAGUUACCAACAGCACAACGACCGUCGUCACAAUUUAUCCGAUCGUCGCCACAUAUCGCCUCCCUUACGUAUAAGUAUCUGCGAAAACACGACCUCUCUAUUAGGAUCGCCUCAAGGUGAAUCGAUUCACCCCCGUAAUGUGAUUGAUUUUACUCAAAGAAGACACGGCAGAGAUAUGCGUGUAAGCCCCGUGCAUUUUCAACAGCAUUCGCCGCAAUUUUUUCACCGUCAAACUUCCGAUGAAAGCAUUAAAAGUGAGAGUCCGUCGAGGAAACGAAGGCGAUUGUCGCGAUCCGGGCAUCAUAUUGAUGCGCUUAAUGCUCAACCGUCUUCGCCACCGAGACGUUCUCCAAGACAACAUCAACCGCUGGGUGGAGCUGCAACGCAUCAACCUCCGGGAUUACAAGGAAGUCCGCCUCCGUUACGUAGGCUUAGAUAUCGAGAUCGGGGUGAAUUCACGCAUACUCAUCAUCAUACUUUCUUACCGAGUCCACCACCUGUUGCUCAUCCGCAUCCACACCAAAGUACAGCUGUUAUGAUGGAUUUAAAUCAGGUACCCGUUACAAUACCAAUGAAUCAUCACCACGACAGCAUUUGGAACAUAACGCCACACAUUUCGUUGUGUAGCGCACCACCAGGGGCUCCUCCCCAUAUGCACACGUGCCACGUUCACAAUAUGUAUCCGCCGCAAAUUGUGGCAGCUCAACAAUUUCCUGGUUGUUUACCGCAUCAAGGUUAUGGAGGUUUUCCAAAUCCGCCAAAUGCUCUUUCGGUGCCCAAUCAACAUUAUCCGCAUCCGCAUCAAAAUUUAGCACCACAGCGUCCAGAUAGUAUUGAUUUAGAACUUCUGUCCGAUCAUCACGCUCACACACACACAGCUCUUCACGGUGCUCCAUCCCUCCAUGUAUCCCCAAUCCAGGUGCCACCACCGUCCUCAUUUUUCCUUUCAACGACUGAAGCUCGUAAUCAACAAUUAGAAUUGUUACACAGACGUACUCAACAUAGAAGCGCACGUUUACCACCUCCACCUCGCGCCCGUUGGCACAACGGAUUAGUACCAGCCCCCGCCCAAUAUCCCGGUUUUCUCCUUCAUUUCUUGGCGAUGUUCUCCAAUCCGCCCAUGUCACCGUUCAAUCAAACCGACUUAAGCAGUUCGGAGAGCACAGAAACCGAAAAUUACGAAGCGUUGUUGAAUUUGGCGGAGAGAUUGGGUGAGGCGAAACCGCGCGGUUUGGCUAAGUUAGAAAUCGAGCAGUUGGUUAGUUAUAAAUUUAAUGCGGAUACGCAUCAAGGAGAUCAAACCAGUUGCGUGGUUUGUAUGUGCGAUUUUGAGGCGAGACAAUUGCUGCGUGUGUUGCCUUGUUCGCACGAAUUUCACGCUAAAUGUGUUGAUAAAUGGCUUCGGUCGAAUAGAACGUGCCCAAUUUGUCGUGGAAACGCUUCAGAAUACCUCAACAAUAGUGAUUAGUUACAUCUCAAAAUGCAAAAAAAGAAAAUUAACUCUACAUGCAAAUGAAGAAUAAAAAAGGUAAUUUAGAUUUUUUAGGAACGUCCUCUUAUUAUUACAAUAGUAAUCGCCAGUGCCAUGUGUUGUUGAUAUAUUUUUUGUUUUCCCCACACACUCAUUGUUUUUUUUUUAAUUAUUAUUUAAAUAAUGAAAGGAGAGCGAAAUUUUUUAUUCGCUUAUACAAAAUGGAAAAUCAACAAAAAAAAUAAUCAGAAUCGUUCUACCUCCAGAGUCGUUUUUAGUUAGUUUUUUUUUUUUAAUUUUCAAAGCGUUCGUGUUCGUUAGUUUAUAUUUUAAGCCUCCCGUUUUUCGCUAAACAUCUCUAUUUCGUGGUUUAGACGUGUGUGUGUCGAUCAAAAAGAUUCUUCUAUUUUUUAAAUUUCGGGUUUAAGCUAAAUUUUCUUAGAUGCAAAUAAUUCAAAAAUUACUAAAAUAAAUUAAAUAGUUUUUUGUACUUAGUAGGCCUUGUCUUUUUAUGGAAACAAAGUCGCUUUCUAUGUUUACAGUGGCUUAUUUGAUUCACUUCAUAGUUCAAAAUCUAAAGAGAAGUGAAUUUAAAAGAGAUUUUUUUUAGACAAAAUUUGAACGUAAAAAACUUCAUUUAUUAAACAAAUUGGUUUUUAACAAUAUACAAACUAGAAAAUAGAAGUAUUAUUCAACUUUAUGUCAACUUAUUUGAUACAGUUGAAUUCUGAUAUCCAACUAAUAAACUGCUAUUCGUUUUUUUUGUUAAUUUCAUAUUUGGUAUGAUUGCCUUUGGCAUUUAUCACCGCCUUUAAUCGAUUUGGCAUUGAUUCGAGAAGUUUUUUGGUUACUUGUGGCGUAAUAUUCUGCCAUAUUUCAAGUCUUCUUUAUUGAAUAUUUUGCACUUUCGUAUAUUUUGAUCCAACAUUGUCCAUAGAUUUUUAAUGGGGUUCAUAUCUAUGCUGGUGGUGCCAUUAAGUGAGGGCAAUUCCAAAUAAGCUACGACUACACGAUUCCUGAUUUGUGUUUUGGAUUAUUGUUCUGAUAAAAGCUAAAAUUGCAUCGUAUGCCUAGACGUUCAGCUUCCACCCCCAUGGUUAACUAUAGCUUUUAAAUUCUCCUUUUUUAGUUCCGUAUUUGAUUCAAUAAAAAUUACCUCAUUCCAAAACUCUAGGUUCUUCGAAAUAUGUUCUUUUCCAAAGUAAAGCCGACUUACCUGAUUUUUUUAUUUAUAAAGGGCCUUCUUACGUAUUACUCGCCCAUGGAAGUUAUGUUGGCGAAGUACUCUCCGAACAGUUUCAGCACUGGAAGAUUUUCCUAACUCUUUUUGGAUCUCGACAGUCCAUUUUCGAGCGAAUAACUUUGGAUUAGCCAUAAUUUUCCGAAUAAUCAAUCGCUCGUCAGUUGCGUUGAAAAUCUUAUUUGGCGCAAUUCUCCCCUUAUUUAUUAUACAAUUCUCGUGCAGAAAUCUUUCUAUAAUGUGCAGCACUGUGGAUGUACUUAAAAAUACCAUGUUGGCAAUUUUUCUAAUAGAUUGCCCAUUUUUGAAAUGUUUUAAAACCAGUUCUUGCUGUUCAACUGUUGCCAUUUUUUCAUUCCAUUUUUUAAAUAGUUAUUAGAUCACUCUAAAAAUGAAGCAGUACUGCACUUAAUGAUAAAAUAAUACUUAAUUAGUAUACAGUGUGUUAAUUAAUUAUCGUACCCGACAUCAUCAUUGCAAGU